AUGGCCAUCAAACCAGCAGAACUUGCCAUCCCUAUCAUCAAUCUUGAGCCUCUCCGGUCAGGGACGCCUGAGCAAGCCCUUGACACCGGAAGGAACGUAUACGACGCUUUUCGAGGCGUGGGAUUUGCAUAUAUUAAGAACCACGGCCUACCUCAAGAACUCUUAGAUCAGGCAUUUGAAUGGAGCGCCAAGUUCUUCGCGCUCUCGCAAUCAGACAAAGACAAGGCGCCACAUCCUCCAUAUGGUUGGUGGCACCGAGGAUACUCUGGCGUAGGCCGAGAAAAAGUGGUUCAAAUGGUCUAUGACAAGGAAUCCAUCGCGGAUCUGCGCAAAUGUCCUGAUUUCAAAGAGUCCUUUGAGCUAGGUCGAGAGGAUGACGAGCGCACUCCAAACAUCUGGCCACCGGAGGAAGUCCUGCCUGGGUUCCGCGACUUUUUCAACAGGUUCUUCGAAACCUGCUACAAAAUCGAGCUGGACCUUCUCCGUGCGAUUGCUUUGGGCAUGGGUCUUCCGGAGAACUUCUUCCAGGAGUAUCACACCAAACGAGACAACCAAAUUCGACUGUUGCACUACCCACCCGUCGAGGCAGAGUUGCUUCGUAACGGGAGCAUGGAACGGAUUGCAGCGCACACGGAUUUUGGAACCAUGACACUCCUGUUCCAGGACCAAGUCGGUGGAUUGGAGGUUGAGGAUAUCCACGAAAAAGGCAAAUUUAAUCCUGCACCGUUUAUACCUGGAACGAUCGUUGUCAACAUCGGCGACUUCUUGCAACGAUGGAGCAAUGACACUCUGAAGUCCACGCUUCAUCGUGUCAGAGCGCCUCCGCUGGUCGAAGGGAUAACAAAGGCCCGGUUCUCUAUCCCUUACUUUGUCACUGCAGAUCGUGAAAAAACCAUCGACUGUAUCCCUGGGUGUGCCAGUGAGGAGAAGCCGAAGAAAUACGAGCCAAUUAAUGCAAGGGAAUACAUUGAAAUGAGAUUGAAUGCAACUUAUUAA